AUGAAGAUUUCCUGCAGCAUCAUCACUUUGGUAACCUUAUUGUUGGGUUCUUUGGCAUCUUUCGCCAAGGGCCAAGUAGCGCCGCUUUACGAGGCAUUUGAUCUCGGUUUCUGUCGAGUUGAUCCGGGAGAUCUCGGUAUUGCUCAUGAUCUCGCUUACGUUUUGGGCUGGGAUCCUAACACUGCAGUUGAAUGUGAUCAACUCUGUCGGGACAAUGAUCCUUUCCAAGGCUUGCGAGGUUUCUCGGAAGGAGGCACUUCCAAUGCCUGCAGUUGCUGGUAUGACAAUGGACUAUCUCCCGGAGAGGGUGGAAACUGCCCAAGCGUCUUUACUGGGUGCAACACUGCCCAAAUAGGAACUGGCGAGAUUGAAGCAACUGUCGAUUGGGGGUUUGGACGAACAUGCUUCAAGUAUAAUCGGUUUCCUGUGGGAUCCGAAGCCAACGGCGAUCCUCAUUUCCGAACCUGGAAGAACGAACAUUUCGAGUUCCAUGGACAGUGCGACAUUGUCAUGACCAAGGUCAAGAACUUUGCCAACAAGGACAUCGAUCUCGACAUUCACCUUCGUACUAGCAUGGUCCGAUACUGGAGCUACAUCAAGGCCGCUUCCAUCCGUAUUGGAAAUGAUAUCCUCGAAGUUCAAGGCUCGUCGGCUGCCAAGGAAGAUGGCGAGGACAAGCGUCAUCACUGGAUCAAUUUUGAGUACCGUGGGGAUAUCGCGGACCUUGGUGGCUUUCCAGUCACUAUUAGCCCUCGCAACGACAAGUACAUUAUCGAUCUUGAUAGUGCCUACCCGGGCCAAAUGAUUGAAAUCAAGACCUACAAGGAAUUCGUUGGGGUCAAGAUUAUCGGAGCUACCGAAGAAUCGUUUGGCAAUGCUGUCGGUAUCACUGGCGAUUUCAAUACUGGCAAUACCUAUGCUCGCGAUGGCAACACGGUGCUGAACGACUUCAAUGAGUUGGGCAUGGAAUGGCAAGUCUUGCCAAGUGAUGGCAAGCUCUUUCAUGAAAUGGCUCGUCCUCAAUUUCCAGAACUUUGCUACCUUCCAGAAGAUCCCCGUGGGGAACGUGGUCGCCGCUUGGAUGAGUCUAAUAUUACAAAAGAAGAAGCGGAAGCUGCUUGUGCUGGCCUCGACGAUGAAUUUGAUCGCAAGGGAUGUAUAUACGACAUCCUUGCCACUCAAGACUUGGACAUGGUUGGAGCGUACUAA